CUUUUAUUUGUAGGACAAGGUUGGGCAAUUGGUAUAUUUGUUCAACGUGUGAUAUCAGCAAUCACUAAUUCACUCGCUAUAAAAUGAAGAAAAAGAACGCAAACUAACUCCAUCACUAAAAACACAAACUCUAAAUACCAAAAGUCUCCGUCAACGCUUUCUUCUCACAUCCUAAUUAAUUCAUGGGCCUCCUCCAUAGCAUUUUUGUUCUCAUUUUAUUCUUGAUUCCUUUAGUUUAUCAUCUCCGGCAAAGGAAGAAGCAAAAGCUAUGGCCGCCAAGUCCGCCGGCUCUUCCGAUCUUAGGCCAUCUCCACCUCCUUAAACCCACCCCUCAUAUAGCUCUACAAAAACUCCUCACCAAAUAUGGCCCUUUAAUUUCCCUCCGUUUUGGAGUUUGCCCAGUUCUCAUUGUUUCUUCUCCAUCUCUGGCAGAGGAAUGCUUCACCAAGACUAACGAUAUCAUUUUCGCAAACCGGCCGGAUUCCACCUCCGGCAGAAUCCUAGGCUAUAACAAUACCACCCUUAUACUCGCACCUUACGGAGUUCACUGGCGGAAUCUCCGCCGUAUAACCACCAUUCAUGUGUUUUCUUCGAUUAGUCUUCACCGUUUCUCCUCUGUUUGGACAGAGGAGAUCCGUUUCGCGAUCGAGAAACUACUCCCGGCCGGAAGUAGUUCCGAUUGUGAAGGUACCGAAAGGAGCUGGAAAGCUGUGAACUUGAAUACUCUGUUUAAGAAACUGAUGCUGAAUGUUAUAAUGAAAAUGGUGGCCGGAAAGAGAUGGCCGUCCGAUCAGCCAGCCGAUUCGUUUAUCCCGCAGCAGGUCUCAAAUCUGUGUGACUAUAUUCCUAUUUUGAAGUGGAUCGGAUACGGAGGAUUGAAGAAGAAUGUGCUCAAAAUACUCGAGGACAGGGACAAUUUUGUACAGAGUCUAAUUGAUGAAGCUCGAUUAGCCCAGGAAUCGAAGGACGGUUCAUCUUCAUUUGGGAUCAAAACAGUUACUCAGACUUUGCUGUCUUUGCAAAAAGAAGAUCCUGAUUACUACACUGAUGAUAUUCUCAAAGGAAUCAUGAUAACUAUGUUCGCUGCCGGGACGCAUACUUCGGGUCUGACAAUGGAAUGGGCAAUGUCGUAUAUGUUAAAUCACCCUGAGGUACUGGAAAAAGCAAAGAAUGAACUACAAAACAACAUCAACAUGAAGCCAGGGGGUCUCAUAACGGAUGCGGAUCUCGCGAAAUUACCUUAUUUGCGUUGCAUUAUCAACGAAACACUCCGGCUUUCACCUCCAGCGCCAACUCUUGUUCCGCAUUACUCAUCCGACGAUUGUACAAUCGGAGGAUUCAGAAUCCGUAAGGGCACGACGCUGAUGGUAAACGCUUGGGCUAUCCAUAGGGAUCCAGAUGUUUGGGAAGAACCCGAAAAAUUUAUUCCGGAGAGAUUUGAAGGACUUGAUGAUCAUGGAGGAGUUAUUCAUGAAGGCUCCUCCAAAUUUCUACCAUUUGGUAAAGGGAGAAGAGCUUGUCCCGGAGCUGCUAUGGCGAUGAGAUUGGUCGGGAUGUCAUUGGCCGCUUUGAUUCAGGGCUUUGAAUGGAAAAGAGUUGGGACGGAAAUGGUGGAUUUGGAAGAAAAAGUUAUCACUACGUUGGGCAAAUCCAAACCUUUGGAGGCACUCUACAGGCCUCGUCAAUUAGUGAAUGGAUGAAGAUUCAAGAUUGAAUAGUUUAGUGCAUUUCUCUAUAUUUCCAUCCAUCAUGAAGUGCUCUGUUGAAUAUUGUACAUACGAAAACAAUAUACACUAGAUGUUAUAUUUUUAUAAAUUACUUAUAAAAUAUCUUUAAAAAAAUCACAUGUAUAUAAAUCAUAAUCAGUGUAAUAAUAAUUGCUAAAAAUUUGAACAAACAAAAAUGUAAUGACAUGAUCACAUGAUAAAUGAAAGAGAAUUUCUUUUUUACACUAUAAAUGUGCAUGAUAC